CUCAACACGACGGCGCCGCGCCUUCGUCAUGAGUCGUGUGACUGUCCUGUACGAGCAAGCGUUCAAGGCCGCCGAGGAUGGACAUGCGGCAGAGUCAGAGAACGACCGACCAUCGGCAAUCCAAAGCUUCGAGCAGGCAGUGCAGUUGUUCAGUCGUCUCGCCAUGGUCGAGACGUCGACGAAGCGAACGUUGCUGGAGGAACAUAUUCGAGGGUUCCAGCAGCGGAUUCAAGAUCUUCGAGGAGCAGAGACGAAGGAUGAUCAUGAUGAUGCAGCAGCUGCAGCGCCAACGACGGAGCUCGUUAUCCCGUCUCCUUCGACUGGCGUCCUACCUGUGUCCACAGACAGCAGUUGCCGUGCGUCCGACGCGGACGAUGACCUUCACGGCGACAUUCGAUGGCAGAACGCGUCGCGGCUCGAGCAAUUAGCUCAAUCGACCGAAGUCGAUGGCGACUUGUCCAUCUCGAUCGAUUUGUACAUGAAAUCAGCCGACGGACUCCUGGAGAUGCUGCGAGACAAGAACUUGUCGGACGCAUUCUUGUGCCAGCGCGUUCGGACCAAAGUUGAGUCUAUCAUCGAUCGGAUCACAGCAUUGAAGGAGCGCCACGACCUAGACAUGGAGGACGAUCUAUUGAUGGAGGAAGACCUGCUCAUGGAAGUCGCGCUCGGUCCUGAGAACAUGAAGCUAAAGCAGCCGUCGCAGCAACUCCAUCCCCCCCUUCCCCAACAUGCCAACCCCAACCAGUUCGCUUCAUCUCCAUCUUCUACCCAUCUCACCCCCCCCCCCCAUGCAAAGUACACGGCGGAAGAGGUGGACGUCCUUAGGCGGUCGUCAGUGAUCAACGGCCGACUGUUUCAGCCGUGGAUGGCCUCCGACACCCACGUCGACGUCGCCGCCGACUCUUUGUUUGUCGACCCUGAUGGCUUCUUAGCCAUGUCCCCCAAGCAGUUGGAUAAGUUAGCCAAGUGGAGCCGACCAUCCGACUACGGCACCAACACCCCCCGCAUGGUGUCGCAGAUUUCGCCGUAUGCGAUUGUCCAGGAUGUUGUCACAGAUUGCUCGUUUGUGGCGUCGCUGUGCAUCACCGCAGCUUAUGAACUGCGCUUUCACAAGCAGCUCAUCACCAACAUCAUCUACCCCCAGGACCAACAUGGUGUGCCAAUCAUCAACCCCGCAGGCAAGUACGUAGUGAAACUGUGGGCCAAUGGGGUGCCGAGAAAGGUCGUGGUGGACGAUCUCUUACCUCUGGGGCACUCUGGGACCCUCCUGUGUUCGUGCACCACGGAAUCCAACGAGCUUUGGGUAAGCAUUGUGGAAAAGGCAUACCUCAAGGUCAAUGGCGGGUACGACUUUCCAGGGAGUAACUCGGGCAUCGACUUGUUUGCUCUCACGGGAUGGAUCCCCGAGUCCCUUGCAUUUGGAGACCAGAGCCAGAGCUCAUCCGACAUCAUCUGGCAACGUCUCAUGUCUGCGCACAACUUUGGCGACUGCCUCAUCACAAUCGCCACGGAUGACAUGCCCAAACCCGUGGCCAAAAGAGUGGGUCUCGUGCCCUCCCAUGCGUACGCAGUGCUGAAUGUGGUCGAGACUUCCAACAGGUUGCGCCUUCUGCUGGUGAAAAACCCGUGGAAUCGCAAGCGGUGGCGCGGGCCCUUUGGCAUGGACGACAAGGACCGAUGGACAGACGACCUACAGCGUGAAUUGAACUUUCACUGGCACGCCGCCCGCCAAAGCGACGACGACGGUCUCUUCUGGAUCGACUUUGCAUCCGUCCAGGUGUAUUUUAGCGCGCUCUUCCUCAACUGGAACCCCGACCUGUUUCGGUUUCGAUAUACCGUGCACAAGCACUGGCCCGUGGACGUCGGGCCUCAGAAUGACACGUACAACCUUGGGUACAACCCCCAGUACCGCCUAACUUUUUUCAAUCCAGACAGGCACACCAAGUCGUUGUCGGUGUGGAUCUUGCUGUCGCGCCACGUCACGGCCGCCGCCGUGGACACUCCGCAGCAGUUCCUCACCCUGCACGUAUUCAAGCAGGCCCAUCGGGUCUUUUACCCCAAUCAUGCGUUUACACGGGGCACGUACAGCAACAACCCCCACUCACUCACCUGCGUCGACAUCCAGCUGACCGCCGACGAAUCUGAGACAACGUUCAUGCUCGUAGCGUCGCAGUUUGAGAAACUCGCGCCGCUCGACUACACGCUGUCCGUCUUCUCCACGGACGGGCCGUUCGAACUCACCGACGCGCCAGAGACCCCGCCUCAUCGCAUCAACUUGAUGGACGCGUGGACAUCGGCGACCGCCGGCGGCUGCCCCAAACAUGCCACGUUCCUGGAUAACCCCCAGUACCAACUGGUCGUGGAGAGCUUCAUGGAGCGGAUGCUGCUGACGUUGGAGGCGCCAGUAGAUCUAGCAAUCAACCUCCGGCUCGUGGGGGGCGACGGCCAGCGGGUGGGGAGUGUGUCUAAGAAGAGUCUGCGGGGCCAGUCGGGCGAGUACCGUCCCGGCUUUUGCUACUUGGACUUAGAUGCGGUUGAGGCUGGUUUGUAUACGAUUGUUGCGUCCACAUAUGAGCCGCAGUGCAUGGGGUCGUUCUCCCUGCAAGUAGCGGCCACGUCGCCGCAGUUUCAAGUGUUUGCGCUGCCUCCAGAAGGCCACAAUAUGGUGCCGUUUGUGUGCACUGGCAAGUGGAACCCGGACGCGGGCACGGCCGCGGGGUGCUCCAACUAUGGACAGUACCUGCAAAACCCCCAAUACCUGCUGCAUGUCCCGGUCAAGUGCCAACUGUUUUUCCGACUCCGGCCACCUCGAUCGACGUUGCCGUCGGAAUGUUCCAUCAACGUGUCCGUGUACGAGUGCAGCCCGUCGGGUCAGCUGCCCGACGCGACUGCCAACCCCACGACCGCCUUUCUCACGUCGGCCAAGGGCGCGUACACCAACAGCACUUGCGGCGUCCGUACCCCGCUCGCCCAUGUCCCCCCUGGCUACUACCUUGUCAUUCCAUCCACGUUUGAACCCCGUCGCGGAGACUUUGACCUGCACGGGUACGCCAACCUCCCCGUCACGACCAGCCGGUUGCGCUGAGAGUGGAAUUACGAAUUCAACGUAGUCGCCCGAUAAAAAUAGUUUGUGAUGUAUGUAUACAGUUAAUAGCCUACUAUUGUUAAUAGUCGAUUGCUA